AUGAAUAAUUUCGAAUCUUCCUACUCUAAGGUUGUUUAUGGAUGUAAUUCUUCUCCACCGGAAAAUUUGACGCCGGUAUGGAUUGCACGGAGCUCUUCCACUGUGAGGCCUUCGGUCGUGCCAAUCGAACCAAAUUUUUCGAUGAAGUAUCUCGAAUUUGGAGAAUCUUCAUAUUCUAAGUUUCAGUUUGGAGUUUAUGAAACCAAUUCCUCAUUUUCACCUGAGUGUUCCUCACGGGUAUCGAUUGCUCGGAGUUCUUCAAAAAAGGAGUCAUCAUUUGUUCCAGAUGAACGGAAUUUUCAGAUGAAUUCAAACUGUUUUGGAGGAAGUUCUUACUAUGAGCUUCAAUUUGAUGUUCCUCCAUACGAUUUUGAUAUCUCGCCGGGAAUAUCCUUUGAAUCGAUUAACGACGAUUUCGAUUCCGACUUUGACAGAGUUACUUCUGAGGUAUCGGAUUACAACUUUGAAUCAUAUGAAACUACUUAUUCUGAUCCAUAUGAAUCAUAUUUUCAAGAAGAUGAGAUUAAGAGGAAGCUCACGGAUGCAGAGAGGAAUCAGAUUUUGGGGAUGCUUGAGAUUGAGUUCCAGAAAGGAAAACCACGGCAUGGAACUUUUGUGUGGAUUGCUGGUUAUUUUGGUGUAACUGACCGGACUGUACGAAGGAUUUGGGCGUGUGCAAAACAAUGCUUGGCUAAUGGAGAAAGGAUUGAAGUUGAGCGUAGAUCAAAACGGGCUGGCAGGAAUGUGCUAGAUCUAGAUUUUGAAGAGAUUAAGAAGGUUCCUCUAAGACGUAGGAGUAACAUCCGGUCACUUGCCAAUCAAAUGGAAAUAGCUCGGUCGACACUCCACCGGCGGAUCAAAGCAGAAAGCAGUGAUAUGUUUGCUGUUGCUGGAUUUGCAUUCUCUUUUUACAAAUAUGCUGCUGCUUUUCUUUCUCGAACUCAGUUGAAAUAUCAUAGUUUAAAGGCUCAAGAUUUACACAGUCAUGAUUGGUCUGUUCAAUAUCAAUUCAGCAGAUUCCUAUUGGUUUGCCAAGCUUCAGGUCCUAAUUGCAACACAUUGCACAUCCUACGUUCUGCACAUUCUUAUUCCAGAAUGACAGGAAGUAGAACUGCGAACCUCAUAUCAAAGGAUCUUUUAGCAGAAAUAUAG